CCGGACCCUAGUCCUAGGGGUGUUCCUCGGAUCAAAUCUGGACCAGACCAUCUUGAUCAGGAACGUACCGGAACGCGACCAAGGGGAUCGCCUCCGAGAUCUCGUCUUCCUGGACGAUUACGGCCUCAGGAUCAAAUGCCGGCCCCGGGUAGACACUCCACUUCCCCACGCAAAAGGGAGCGCGGGUGGAAGUGUCCACGGCUCGGAGUGAGGCUUCCCAACCGGCCGAGUCAUCGGAGGGGCCAGGAGGUUACGGAGCUCAUGGACCUGGAUUUUUUGCAUAGAGGAGGGGAGCUCUUGAAGCACCCGGUCAUCCAGCGAGACGUAGCCUUCCUCACGGGUAUGGGCUACGAUGACAGUCUGGAUCACAGAAAAAGGGAAGAUGAAGACUGGGAACCGGAGGCAUUGGACUGUGUUCCAGAACCCCCAAAGAUAAUAACCACUGCAAAAUUAAUGCUUCUUCUCCUUCUUCUUCUCCUCUCUCUCUCAACCAUCAUCAUCACCACUCUACCUCCUCUUGCUUUGGAUGAACUCGGAACGCCAUUGGGUGCGGCGGUGGAGGUGGGUUCUUAUUUCCAGAAGAAAACGGUGAAGGGAAAGGAGAGGGCGUCGCCAACAACCGCCACCAGAGGUGGCGGUUCGAGGAGGCUGUUGAGCGGGCCGGGCUCAUUUCCGCCACGAUGCACUUCGAAAUGCGGGAGAUGCGUGCCGUGCAAGCCGGUGCACGUGCCCGUGCCGCCCGGAACGCCGGUCACGGCGGAGUACUACCCCGAAGCUUGGAGAUGCAAAUGUGGGAACAAGUAUUACAUGCCCUAGUCAGUUAAUUACUCCAUGGCCAUCCCUUUAAACAUAUUUUUGAAAAAUCUAUUAAAUAUAUAGGUGCUGGGUAU